AUGAGCACCCGGCGUAGUCGACUCCGCCGCGUUCGGUGGCUGCCGCACCAACGCAUUGUGAUUCUCAAAGAGGUCGAUCUGUGGACCGAGGACUGCGUAACGGAGAGCGUGCACGUUGUCGCGGAGCGACUUUGGCGGAUUCGUGCAGAUGCGAGGCGCACUGACAGAGCGCAGUACUUCGCCGAGUACCUGGCACUCCAUGUCGACUCCCCGCGCCACUAUCAGUGGCUCCUAAGCAGCUACGGCCCUUCGCUGCGGGAUGUGCUGCUCACCCCCUCCAUGACUCCCCUCACAGAGGAGCACUGCAAAGCCGUGCUGCGCCGUGUCCUCCUGGCACUCGAUCAUCUGCACCGCAUGUCCACGUACGUACAUGCCGACGUCAGCCUCGGCAAUGUCUUGACUUCAUCGUCAAGCUGGGACGACGUUGUGCUGGGAGACCUGGAGAGCGUGACCCCGAUCGGUACGGUGCCUAGCAGGUGCCUUGGGUCGUACUUCUUCAUGGCGCCGGAGAGACUAGUGGAUGGCGCACUGCCUCUCUGCCCUCACGACGACGUUUGGGCGUUCGGCGUCGUUUGCUACAACCUGCUGACGUGGGACGUGGCGCAUCCAUGGUGCACUCUAGGGACGGAGGCCGAUUACUCAGAGAACUACUGGGCUUUGUUGGAUCUCAUGUCUAAGGCGAAGGACGUGCCGCCGUGCCAACUCUUGCUGCAGUCGCCCCUGUCACGGUGCUCCAAAGAGGCGUUGGCGUUUGUUGGGGCGUGUUUGGGUUGGGAGCCGGCGUGUCGGCCUUCUGCUGCGGAGUUGCUACAGCACAGCUGGAUGCUUUCCCCAUAA